UCUAAAGCAAAUGUUAUAUUCAUUAGUUAGAAAAACUUUAAAUAAAAAAAAUGUUUAUGAAGUACAUAUUAUUUUUUUGCUUAACAUAUUUUAUUCCAAAGGUUAACUCUAUGGACGAAGUGGUAAUGGAAAUUCUCUGGGACGCGAUAAGAUGCGAAAGUGACUUUAUAAAUCAAGGUUAUUGGUGUAGGUAUUAUAAAGACGAAGAUCCAACUGAAUUCUUAAGCGUAUUACAAACGUACGGCCACCAGUCGGCAGAAAAUGAAAACAAUGUAGAGUACAGAAUGUAUUAUAAGGAUUUUAAAAAAGCUGCAUCUGAUGGACACAUACACUUUUAUUCUGAACAGGCAAUUAAAUCUGUAUUCGAGGCAAUAAUCGCAAACAAACAAAACAAACUUACAAGCAAUAUUACCCACAAAGACUUGAGUCAUUAUUAUGGACCAAUAAUUCUACCACUUCAACUCGGUAAUGUUUUAAACAAAUACAGCAAAAGGCCAAUAAUAUGUAAACAUUUAGGGUUUAAUGAAUUUAAAAAAGCCGUAAACAAUGGUGAUCUUCCAAAACCUUGGCGUGAUGAAGUUGCAAUUGAGGCGGAAAUAGUAUAUCUAUUCAACAAGAUGAAAAAUAUACAAGAGGACUAUGUUAAUAGGGCCUUCAUGAGUAAUUAUUAUGGAGAUUAUAACGACUACAAACCUAUUGUGAAAACUUACGGAUCCAUACAUAUUGUAAAAGACGAGAUACUAGGUGAAUAUGAUGAAUACAGAAUGACAAUUGAAGAAUUUAAAAAGGCCGGGUCAGAGGGGGACAUACCAAGAUUUAGUAGAAAGUUGAUACAUGCUGAAUUUAUGAAAAUAAUCGGAAAAAAAGAAGACAAAAAAUAUAUUACCUUCAAAGAACUAAAUAGAUAUUAUAAAAAAAUUAUUCCUGAGACUCAUCUCAAAUAUGUUAUAGGCAAAUACGGGGAAACGCAAGAUGAUCAAUACCGAAUGACUUUCGAUAACUUUUCAAGAGCUAUUAACGGUGGUUAUCUUACAGAUCUGUUUCAUAAUAAAAUGACGGCGAUGUAUAAUUUAUUUAAGGAAAUACUCCCAAAAUAUGGGGGAAGAAACUAUAUAAUGCUCGAUGACAUGGUUAAACACUAUGGGAUUAAAAAACCCACAGACUUAGAAAAUUUCGGACGAAUUUUACAAAAAUACGGACAAUUUCGUUCGCCGACUUUAGCCGAAAGUGGUCAAAUGAAAUAUUUUGACUAUAAAUGGAAUGGUGGACAGUACCUAUUAAAUUUCCUUAACUUUAAAAGAAGCAUGAACUUUGGAGAUCUUUCACUACCGGAGUAAUGGAAAUUUUGUCAAUGCUUCCUCAAAAGUUUAUUAUGUUAAGAAAAACGCAAAAAAUAUAAU